GCAGACCCCUCUCCAGCCCUUCCCGGACGGGCUCUGAAAGUCACCCCCUUUGUCGAUUGGCCUUAGGAGGACAGAGCUGCAUAUUGCUGAAGGCCCAGAACUGACAGGGAGAAGGUUGCCAUGGCUGCUGUUGAUAGCUUCUACCUCUUGUACAGGGAAAUUGCCAGGUCUUGUAAUUGCUAUAUGGAAGCGCUAGCUUUGGUUGGAGCCUGGUAUACGGCCAGAAAAAGCAUCACCGUCAUCUGUGACUUUUACAGCCUGAUCAGGCUGCAUUUUAUCCCUCGUCUGGGAAGCAGAGCAGACCUGAUCAAGCAGUAUGGAAGAUGGGCUGUCAUCAGUGGUGCAACAGAUGGAAUUGGAAAAGCCUAUGCUGAAGAGUUAGCAAGUCGAGGUCUCAAUGUUAUCCUGAUUAGUCGGAACCAAGAGAAAUUGCAGAUUGUUGCUAAGGAUAUAGCUGACACCUACAAAGUGGAAACUGAUAUUAUAGUUGCGGACUUCAGCAGUGGCCGUGAGAUCUAUGUUCCAAUUCAAGAGGCCCUGAAAGACAAAGACAUUGGCAUCUUGGUAAAUAAUGUGGGCGUGUUUUAUCCCUACCCCCAGUAUUUUACUCAGGUCUCCGAGGACAAACUCUGGGACAUCAUAAAUGUGAACAUUGCUGCUGCUAGUUUGAUGGUCCAUAUAGUGUUGCCAGGAAUGGUGGAGAGAAAGAAAGGUGCCAUCGUCACUAUCUCUUCCGGCUCCUGCUGCAAACCCACUCCCCAGCUGGCUGCAUUUUCUGCUUCUAAGGCUUAUUUAGACCACUUCAGCAGAGCACUGCAGUAUGAAUAUGCUUCCAAAGGAAUCUUUGUACAGAGUCUAAUCCCAUUCUAUGUAGCUACUAACAUGACUGCACCUAGCAGCUUUCUGCACAAAUGCCCAUGGUUGGUGCCUUCACCAAAAGUAUAUGCACAUCAUGCUGUUUCUACCCUUGGAAUUUCAAAAAGGACUACAGGAUACUGGUCCCAUUCUAUUCAGUUUCUUUUUGCACAGUAUAUGCCUGAAUGGCUCUGGGUGUGGGGAGCAAACAUUCUCAACCGUUCCUUGCGUAAGGAGGCCUUAUCCUGCAAAGCCUGAAUCUGGACGCCUAUGUGAGAAGUUUUGCCAACUCACAGGGACCUGCGGUAUUAUGAUGUUGGAAAAACACAUUUAAUGGAUCGUAUGCAUUUUCUUUUGUUACUGAUCAUUUCGCAUACCGUUGAUUAAUCAUUUGCAAAGCAAACACAACGCUUUCAGAGAGUGCUGUGAGAAACUCAAAGGUCAUGUGAGUGGCACAGGGUGAAUAAUGAUGAGCCGCAGGAACUGACUGAAGAAACCUACGUUUCAGUGCUUCAUUCCCUAAGCUGUUCAAAUGUUGUAUGAUUUAUGUUGUUCUAGGAGCCAUGGCAGGCUAAUAUUGAAAUACAAUGUGACUUGUCAGCUGUUAUAAUUUCAGGUAUUGUUUUUAAGGGACAUUACCUGUUUCACUAGAUGAAUUAUACUUUUGGUUUUCAAAUGUUCAUCAGGAAAGACUAUUGAAAAGUGUUAUUUUAUCACUAAGAUUGCUGGUGACAUUAGCAGUAAAAAUCUGUGUGUAUUAUAUUGCUUAGCUCUAGUGUUUAUGUAUGAAAAUGCUGCUCUUCAACUGAGAUUUCAUUCGAUAACCACAUGUGUGUGUUCGUUGGGUGUGUAUGAACAACUUUAUUUAUGGUUAAGUACUUUAAAAAAGAUUUCUUGGCAAGAUGACUUAAUCAUGGAACCUAUGGGAUAUUACAAAUCUAGAUUAUUCCUUUUCAUACUAAACGAGUUUACUCAAUUUUGUUGUAUACGUUUGCCAUGUAUAAUAUUACUUCCUAAAUUAUGUUUUUCUUUGUUUUUUUCCAAAUCUACUAUGGAAUGAAUUCAUUCCUAGAUUUGGAUAUGUAAUGGGUAACCUUCAGUCAUCUUUUGAUUUACGAGAUAAUUGUUACAUAUAAUUAGUGAUUUCUCAGCCUGUGACCCAUUUUAUAACAAAUUUAGCCCUUUAGAGCUUGUUAUAUCUGGUUUUCAUACACUUUUCUAUGUAAUAUUCCAUUCCAGUUGCAAUAUUAUAUAAACAUCAAGUAUUUAUGGAAUAGUAGUUAAAAUAUGGACAAAUUUCAUGUUGUAUCUGUCAGAAUAAGUUAGAAGCUUAUUCUUGGUUUGUGUAAUGAAUUCGUGUAUUAGAGUGAAUCCUUUUAUUGGUGCGAAGAUAAUUAUGCACCAACCUCCAUGGUGUGGGUUAGCAUUGAAACCUACUGUGAAAUGUCUUUAGUUCAGGUCUUAUAAAGCCAACCAUUUUGAGUACCACAUACCUAGUGCUUUGAAAACCGUCAGUCACUAAAUGAAUAUGACAGUAUGUGUGUAUUUAAAAUUCAGAGCUUAAUAUUGUGACACUGAUGCAGAAGCUACUGAAUGGGUUGAAAAUCAGGACUUCCAUGGAAUUGUUUUCUUAUGAGGUGGUAUUCCAUUAGAAGUGGGCAUAAGCACACUUUUACAUUAUGCACAGACUUUUGCCCAUGACAUUGCUUACAGUGUUUCCUGUGACUUGGACUCAGCUCUUCAGAGGUUAAGUUCAGAAGCUUUCCUACUCCUAGAUCAUGUCUUCCAAAUCUAAGAUGUGGAAAACUACACACUUGGAGAUACUCUGUCACAACAAAGAAGGUUCUGAUGGUGUUAACUUGGAAUCCUCUUGACUUCAUGCCAUGUUGAUGUGACCUUUGAUUGAUGUGUAGUAAGCAGCAGCAAUUCUAUGUAAAGAUAUUGUCAGUUAUUUAUGAGGUUAUGUGGUCCAGUAAUGUCUUAGAUUUAUAAAUUAGGUGUGGAAUCAUCAUUACAUGAUGAGAAUAAACAAACACACCUUGUUGA